UCAGAUUAAGAGGGGACUCUGAGGUUGACGAACCCGAUUCAGGCAUGGCUGAGGUUGAGGAGAUUAUUGAGGGAGUUGAAGAAGCGCUAGAAGGAGCUGAAGAAGGUCUGGAUGAAUUACCAGAAGAAAUACGAGAGGAAGUGGAGGUUGCAGUAGCUGAAGCCCGAGAGGAAGUCUCAGUGCUUUCCAAAAUCCAGAGCGAGUUAAGAGCAAUUAUUGGAAUCGUCCCAAAAUUCAUCACAAAAGCCAUAAAAUUUACCUCAGAAACCGUAGCUGUGGGUGCCAUCCUGUGGGGCGUAAAUACGGCGCUAUCAAAGCUCCUCCCACAUGGAGACCAGCAGAAGAUUAGACAUCAACAGGCCGUAAUCAAAGCUCUGAUCAACGUGAUCAAAACUGAGACGGACAUGAGCCAGAAGACGGUGAACUGGCUGAAGGAGCACAAAGACGACACCGUCAUUCUGGAUGACGAGCCGGUGCCACUGGAAGCCCUGCUGGAUAAAUACUUGACUCCAAUUUCUGAUGCAACUGAUCAAGCUAUGGCUGCUGCAAAGGCACUUCAAACCGAGCUUCAGUACUCCGGACCUCCUGUAGGAGAUACAGUGAAGCUCAUCUCAGCUGCUGACGCGUUUCUGAAGGGCUACAGUGACCUCGUCACAUACGUAACUCAACACCAGCAGAAGUUUCCACAGUUAGAAAGCUUUCCAGUGAAACUGCCUGAUAUCAUCACCCUCACAGUUCAGAUCCAAACUGUCAGAGAUUUACCUCUGUGGUAAAAACACACAGUGCCUCCCUAAUAACAAUGAAACAGCCACUUUCCACAUUUCUCUGAUUUCAUCUCCACCCUGACUUUUAUUGUAAUGUUUGUGUGGUUUUAUUACCAUAAACAGUCAUACUUAAGAGCUCAUUUACAUAUUAUGCCUUAAAGGCACAGUAACAGAAACAGCCUGUUUAACUGCAAGGCUGGACAGUGAUCGUGUAGAAACGAAUUCCAACUCGAAUUCCAGCAAUUUUCCACACAAACGCUAUAAGUGGAGAUGAUGGGGGAAAUGAAGGGAAGGAAGAGUGUAGGAUAUGGGCCUUUAAAACAGAACAACAAGUGAAGACAUGCAGUACAUUUCCAGAGCUGAAUAACCACAUAAUGCAGCCUGUUUUAGUAAUACAGCUUCAAUUCUUUUUAAUCUGUAAUCCAGCAUUUCUUGAAUUUAAGCUUUUGUGUCAACUAUUACUUACAAAAACUCUGAAUAUGUUACCAAUCAUUGUCUUAUCUCUUUUAAUACAUACAGAGAUUAAUAGAUUACCGUAUUAGUGCAUUCUGACUCAUUUCUUUUAGCAGCUACUCAGAUUAUAUAUUAGAUUAUAUACAAUGGACACAUUGCUUGUGUUAGUUACAUUAGACAGUGUAGUUGGUGGUUAAUUGCUUUUACUUUCUAUAACAGCAACUUUUUUAUCCUAAUCUAGCCUUUAAUUUUUAAUUUCAUGUUUUAACUACCCUAGAUUAAUUUCUUAUUUGAUUUUUAAUGUAAUGAUUUAAACCAGGCUUUAAUCAUGU